AUGGCUGCAAUUGCAAUUCAUGACCUGAUAUGCCUGAGUGAGGGGGAGGAACGACAUUUCGCAGAUUUAUAUGAAGUAGGCAAGAUUUUUGAUCAGACCCCUCCGCCUAUGUUGCAAGAAAGAACCAGGCUCUCGAAUUACCUAUUGGCCCUAGAUCGGGUCGUACCGAGAUUCUGGGCAGUAAAACUCCAACUUACAUGCCUUGAACACGCAGACAGAUGCGAUGUAUUCAGAAAGCAGCUCAAUUAUCUGGAGAAUUCUCCAAAUAUUGAGGACUCAAAGGAGGAGUAUGAGUAUUUGAUUAGAGCGUCGGCUGAGGCUAGGACUGAAGUUUUGGGACAUAUCAACGCAGCCCGGAAUUUCAACGUCCUCGAUGGGCAGAAUGCUUUACAAUGGGCUUUUGAAGUUUUGGCCCAUCAAGGACCACCGGAAGAUUUAUGGUUCAUAAAGAGCUUGAAAAAAUACUAUCAGAUUUCGAGACCACUAACGGAUGGAUUCAGUCUUGAACAUUCCGAAUUUGGUGAUAUUAUUCGCGAUGAAACUUGGUGUGUUGCUUCGGGAACUUGGGGCCCACCAAGUCGUCUGCGGCCUGUUAGGAUCGUCCCGCCACAAAUAAGCACGGAUCAUUUGGGUGCAUUGUUUCCUGACACAUCCUUUGGUAAACCAUACCAUCCCGAGAAUGGUUUAAUGCUCGACAGACAAAUCGCAGAUAAUUUUGAGGCCGGUCGAAUCUAUAUGGUACCAAUAAGUAAGAACGAUGAUGGAGUAAUAACGUGGCAACUCCGGGUCCUGGACUACAACCUUUUGCAACAAAGACACGAUGGACUAGGAUGUUCGUUUGCAAGACUUCAUGAAGGGGAGUUGAAGUUUUUGGGUCUGUGGAAACCACGGCAAGACUUCCUGCAAUUCCACUGGUUUUUCUGCUUGGCUAUCUCAGCAGCAAGGAAUUUUGGCAGCCGAAGAGUGGAUUCUGAAGUGUCUCAUGGUUGGCAUGCUUGGGGAUUGUUGGAAGAUGAAAACGGGGUCUAUCGAAUGAGGAAAAGCUUACUCGAGGAGAUGGACCGAUACUCGGCUCCUGGUCAGGUGGUUAGAAUUUGCAAAUAG